AAGAGGAAACGGUCUUUUGUUCCUCGAUUCGUUUUUACACGAACACCUCGUAGAAAAGCGAACGGCUUUAUUAUUUAUUCAAGAUACGAAUGAUUAACUGAAAAUAAAUCGAUUUUGUUUGGUACACACCUUGAUGCAACAUUUGAUACUUUCGAAAACCGACGAUGCACGAUAUACUUUUUUGCGAUUCCUCUCCUUAUCUCGAAGACACUCUCUCGACGGAAGAGAGAAUUGCGUGGAAAACCUUCAGCAAAUCCUUUCUUUAGAACUUCGUAAUUCAUUGCAUGAUCACGUUGUUUCAUCGUAGGAUCAUUUUUGAUCGAUUGCUUCGGUUGAAUGUCACAGGAAUAUGUUUGAAAAGCAUCGCGAUCUUGAAGUGCCUUCUCAUUGAGAAACUGCAAACAUAACUUAGAAAUUCUUUUCUUGUCAACUCACUUAUACUAUUAUUUCUUGUGGAUACCCGGAAUCUACUCUUUAAAUGUUCUUGUUAAAAAUUAUUUUCUGUGCUAAAUUAUUUCUGGUAUUAUUCUGUGGAUAGAAAUUCUUCCUGCAUGGCACAUAGAAAACUAUUCAUCCAUACAGGAAGAAUUGUCUCUAGUCUUUGAAUGUACAAGUCGCUCUUCAAUUAUCGAACACGAUAAAUUAACACUCGAUGCAAUCGUUAAUUAAAAGAAGCUCUCGCGCGCGCGUAAUUUAAAAGAACUUUACAAAAUUCAUCGACGGGUUUCGCGUCAAAAUUAUAAAGAAUCAUUUGCAAUCUGUUAUACAAUUUAAUUGAUAUUACCUAAUCCAUACCGAUACAGAACUUUGCAAAAAUCUACUAAUCAUUAACCAGAUACAAUGAAUUGAAUAAUAAAUCGUUUACGUGUAAAUUGCGCAGUAUCGUCUUCUCGCGAUGAAACAUUAAAGGUGUACUACAUCGGUGAUCUAUUCUAAGGAACUAACUCAUCAGCCGUAAAUACAGUACAAUUUUUUACGUUCAACUAAUUACCAAGUUUCAGUAUGUUUGGUGCAACUGACGUGGACGUGAACUACGUCAGAUAUGCGCGUACCCCCUUUUGCAUCUUGUGAUCUCGGGGUCAUAGAUGAAAAAAAGAAGACUACAUAGUAUCCAUGGAUGUUUCUGGUUUACCAGGUCAGUUAACACCUAACACGAUACGUCACUAUACGAUUAGCGUGGUCCCGUUUGACGUCAUUGUUUCGUAUAAAAUGCUGGAAGGAUGCACUGCCAGGCACAAAGUUGCCAUCGAGCAGUUCCGCGAAUCUAACAGCUCCUGUUGGUACAUCGUGGUCUUUAAAAGUUCUUCGAAGAUACUUCUUUCCUGGAUAUUUUGUCCAUUCGGCACCAUAACUCGCGAGAAGAUAUUUCAAACUGCAAUCUCAUCCUUAAUCGGCCUUCGAGGGAUUAACUUGACGCAAAGAUGACUCUCGCAGCUGUCUUCUUUCUGACACUCUUCGUCUCCGCCAUUGCACUUCCGGUCAAGCCGGACAGCAAACUGGGUCCUCUAACCAUACUUCCAUUUGUCGUCGAAGAGUCACCCAACAACGAAUCACGCGUCGGUUCAUCCCCGAUGCUUUAUGCUCUUAUUCUGAAUAAAUUGGACGAAGCAGACAACACCGCGAAAUUAAUCGAAAAACGAGAAACGAAGGAAGAUGAUCUUGAAACUGCGGCUGGUAAUUUCGCUUUUCGACCACUGUUCGUGUACAGACAACAAUUAGCGUACAAGCAGCGUGCCAGAAACGUAUACAGUCGUAGAAACGGCUUUUGAAUCGUUCAGGAUAUCGCCUGUGUUGUUGACAACCCGACAACCAAGAGGACAAUGAUUUGGAAAGCAAAAGGACGCGACAUUCGCAUUCCACCGACGAAACACGUUUCUUCAAACGAUUCGUUUAAUUGUGCAUUUAUGGUAAUUUCAUUGGAGGAUGUUUCAUGAAAUUUGUUUCUCCCAGCUUCAUAAGAAAUUCGACAAAGUGAAAGCAUGCAGUAAUAUCGACGGAAAAAGAGAAUCAGAAAAUCAGUAUUCUUAUCUUCUUCGUAUUCGAGGAAGAAAUUUUUACGAACGAGAUUGCAUCGUUCAAUUUUCGAAGAUGAACUUCGCUUUGGAAUAUGAUACAUAAAUUACAACGACAUUAUGAAAAUUGAUAACAAACUAGAAGAGAAAAACCACCGGAGACGGAAGUAGACCGGUUUUGAAGAAGGCUGUGCCAUUUAGUUAGCUCGUUAAUGAACAAGUUGUAAAUAGCAGACCUGUUAAUUUAACAAACAAACCACGUGCACGUCGUUUCACUAAUAAAACAACAUCCUCGUCGUGCUUAUUAAUAGUCUAAUAAGUUUGUAAAGUAACUUAAGUUAACUGGAUAAGAGUAACUUUUAUAAAGUAAUUUUAUAACUUAAUUUAAGAUGACAAUUGUUAUUAUUAGUUUAUAACAUUAAAUAAUGAAUGAGAGCGCGAGUGACAAUGCAUGUAAUUAAAAGUAUUUCAAAAUAAUACUCUAAUGUAAGCUAAGAAGACGAAAAGCUAAUUACCAAAGCAUGUACUGUUAAUUAUAUGAACAAAUAUGUUGUUAAUUUAAAGGUGUUUUGUUUUCUAUGUAUGCUAUUUACGAAUUCGUCGAAUAAAUUUCUUAAAAUAACUACAAUGAA